GAACCAAUGUGUGACGAGGGAGAAGAAAGCGACGGGGCCGGGAGAGCGCGUCUUUCGGAGUCUCCCUCGCCGCCUCUGUCCGCCAGUCUUCCCCGAGGAUCUCCCUCCACUCCGCGGCCCCUGGACAUCUUCUCCUCCGCUUCUCCGCUGCUCGGGGACACGGACCCGCCGUAUCUCGCCUCUUCCGAGUGUCUGCACCCCUCUCUGGAGGACCGGGAACUCGGUGGCUCCACACACUUCACGCCGCCAAAGUUCCGCCAGCGCACCGGAGAGACCGGCUCCCCUUUGCGCUCGCCGCCGGACGUGCGGAUCGAUGUCGGCUAUGAGCGGUACGACGGCCCGCUGCCCAAGUGGAGGGGACGCGGCGCGGGGACCGCGGAGAGGUUUCAGCACCGCGGACAGCGACUCCAGCAGCAGGCUCCGGAGCCCUCCAGCUCCGGGAACCACUACUCUGUUGAGCACCUGGACGCCGAGUUACACGCCGAAACCCGACAGUCGGUGGAAGCCAUGCAUCGCCGGCACACCACGCUGAGGGAGAAGGGGCGUCGCCAGGCCGUGCGCGGACCAGCCUAUAUGUUCAAUGAGCGUGGCUCCGCCCUCACUGCAGAGGAGGAGCGUUUUCUGGAUGCUGCAGAGUACGGAAACAUUCCUGUGGUGCGCAAAAUGUUGGAAGAGUCCAAAACACUCAACUUCAAUUCUGUGGACUACAUGGGUCAGAAUGCUCUGCAGCUGGCAGUGGGUAAUGAGCACCUAGAAGUGACCGAGCUCCUCCUAAAGAAGGAUGGUCUUGCCAGGAUCGGGGAUGGCCUUCUCUUGGCCAUCUCCAAGGGCUAUGUUCGAAUCGUUGAAGCCAUUCUCGCCCACCCUGCUUUCGGUGGGGGUCUCCGACUGACUUUGAGUCCCCUGGAGCAGGAGAUGCGUGACGAUGACUUUUAUGCUUAUGAUGAGGAUGGCACGCGUUUUUCACAUGACAUCACGCCCAUCAUUUUAGCAGCUCACUGCCAGGAGUAUGAGAUAGUUCACAUCCUUUUGACAAAGGGGGCCCGCAUAGAAAGGCCUCAUGACUACUUCUGUAAGUGUUCAGAAUGUGUGGAAAACCAGAAGAAAGACUCAUUCAGUCAUUCACGCUCCAGGAUGAAUGCAUACAAGGGCCUGGCCAGCGCAGCUUACCUAUCCCUCAGCAGUGAAGACCCGGUGCUCACGGCGCUUGAGCUAAGUAAUGAACUGGCAAGACUGGCCAACAUCGAGACAGAGUUCAAGAAUGACUAUCGCAAGCUGUCCAUGCAGUGCAAAGACUUUGUGGUGGGUGUGUUGGACCUUUGUCGGGACACAGAGGAAGUUGAGGCCAUAUUGAAUGGCGAUGUGGAUCAAUGUCCGCCGAGCCCUUACAACCGACCCUGCCUCAGCCGCGUCAUACUAGCCAUCAAGUAUGAGGUCAAAAAGUUUGUUGCUCAUCCCAACUGUCAGCAGCAGCUGCUGACUAUCUGGUACGAGAACCUGCCUGACCUGAGGCAGCAGUCCGUCGGUGUGAAAUGUUGGAUGGUGCUGGGGGUGACCGUAGGUCUGCCAUUCUUGGCUAUUGCGUACUGGAUCGUGCCAUGUAGCAAGCUGGGUCAGAUCCUGCGAAGCCCCUUCAUGAAGUUCGUGGCUCACGCCGUCUCCUUCACCAUCUUCCUCGGUUUACUGAUCGUAAACGCUUCAGACCGCUUCGAAGGUGUCAAGAAUCUACCCAAUGAAACCAUUACAGACUAUCCACGACAGGUGUUCAGGCUCAAAACCACCCAGUUCUCCUGGACAGAGAUGCUGAUCAUGAAGUGGGUGCUUGGUAUGAUCUGGUCAGAAUGCAAAGAGAUCUGGAGCGAUGGGCCCAGGGAAUAUAUCAUGCACCUCUGGAACGUUCUAGACUUUGGAAUGUUGUCCAUCUUUGUCGCGUCCUUCACGGCACGCUUUAUGGCUUUCCUCAAGGCGUCUAAAGCCCAGCAGUAUGUAGACAUGCACGUGCCAGAUGAAGACCUCAGCAACGCUGCCCUUCCUGAUGAAGUGGCCUACUUCACAUACGCCAGGAUCAAGUGGCGCCCAUCCGACCCCCAGAUAAUCUCCGAAGGCCUGUACGCCAUCGCUGUGGUGCUGAGUUUCUCACGUAUCGCCUACAUCCUGCCAGCCAACGAGAGCUUUGGCCCGCUGCAGAUCUCCCUGGGACGCACGGUCAAGGACAUCUUCAAGUUCAUGGUCAUCUUCAUCAUGGUGUUCGUGGCCUUCAUGAUUGGCAUGUUCAACCUUUACUCGUACUACCUGGGAGCCAAGUACAACCCUGCCUUCACCACGGUGGAGGAGAGCUUCAAGACUCUUUUCUGGUCGAUUUUUGGCUUGUCUGAAGUGAUCUCAGUGGUGCUAAAAUAUGACCAUAAGUUCAUCGAGAACAUUGGCUAUGUGCUGUAUGGAGUCUAUAAUGUCACCAUGGUGGUUGUUCUUCUCAACAUGCUCAUUGCCAUGAUCAACAGCUCGUACCAGGAGAUAGAGGAGGAUGCUGACGUGGAGUGGAAGUUUGCCCGUGCCAAGUUGUGGCUCUCCUAUUUUGAUGAAGGCCGCACCCUACCUGCCCCUUUCAACUUGGUUCCCAGUCCGAAGUCUUUCUACUAUCUUGUCCUCCGCAUCAAGUCUUGCCUAAUACACCUCUGCAAGGCCAGCAGCCGUCGCCGUAACAACGAGCUGGAGCUGGGCAUGCUUAACUCUCAAGCCAAGGAUGAACGCUUAAGGACUAAUACGCACCCAGGAGAAGAGUUCAUCCACCGAAAAUCCAGAAAACACCCGACCAGAUAUCAGAACAUCAUGAAACGCCUGAUAAAGCGUUAUGUGCUGAAAGCUCAAGUGGAUAAAGAGAGCGAUGAAGUCAAUGAGGGUGAGCUGAAGGAAAUCAAGCAGGACAUUUCCAGCCUCCGCUAUGAACUGCUGGAGGAGAAGUCCCAGGCUGCUGGAGAGCUGGCUCUGCUCAUACAGCAACUCGGCGACAAGUUUGGCAAGAACACCGUGAGACACCGACAGGUCUUCCAAGAGGAGGAGGGGUUGAAAUAAAGAGGAAGUUGGGGCAAAAAGCAGGAUAAGGCCAGGUAUUUUUCACAACCUUGAUAGGGGGGGAGAGAAAAUACACUGGGGAUGUUUAUCUGAAUGGACAAGGUGAACGGAGAAUAGUAGAAGCUUAAGAGCUAGAAAAUUUGCUAACUUAGUUUGGUAUGCACAAAGACUAAUUACAGUAUGGAGGAACGUUAAAAGAAAAAUGCAACAGCAAGUGAGCAGGAGGUUAAAUAGUCAAAGGUGAAGUAAACUCAACAAGAGGGCUUUUGUGUUGACAGUUAAAUUCUAAUUAUAGGCAAUGUCUUCAGGGAGCGAGAGGAGAACGAGGAAGAACGAGGCUUGUAGGCUGAGGGGGAGGCAAAGGGAGACGUUAGAGGAGGAGAACACAAGUAUGAGGAGAUAUGAAGUGGCACCAGAGGGCACGAGAGCGAUGCAGCACAGCAAUGAGGGACGCACAGCCCAUGCCAGGCGAUAUCAGUGUAUCGUCAGCUUGGAGGAGGGAGGGAAACCCAACAACGGGAUGACACAGAGAGAGGCUGGAGGGGGUGGGGGAUGAAAAGGAGCGAUAUCUCAGAAAUUGCCGCUGUUAGUCACACCAGAGAGGCUGGCUUUGCUUCUGUGUCUUCACUUUGUCAGAAGAAGCAGUAAUGUCUGUCAAGAUAAUGCACACACCUUUAUAAACUAGGCCGUCUAAUUAAGGCAUUUCCACUUAAAAUGCACAAUCUAUAAUAUCAAAGUCAUUAAAGAAACUGCUAAAAAAAUAAAUGUUAUCCUCCUGUAUCUUUGAGAAACCUACUGUGCUUUCUCAUUGCCCACAGAGCGCCAUGUGUUUGAGGCGCUCAGUAAUCCUGUAAGGCAUCUGUGUCAGUAGGAAAUAUUGUGUUCCAAAAGAGGGCAAUAAAAAUCUCUCCAGAUAGCUUCUCUUUUACCUAAUUUAUGCCACAAGAAAUGUAAGAAGGGGUAAGUCAUGGAUGGCAACGACAUAAAAGAUUUACAAAAACAAGCAAAAAAAUUCCUAGAAUUCCUUUUCCACGAUUCCUUGUUUGAAAUUUAGAUCCAAUACAUAUUUAUAAAACACUGAACCAACAUUUCAACAGUUUUUAUGACACAGUAAAUGAAAAGUAAAUUGCUCUAGAUGAGUCGUACUUACAGAUGUCAAAUCAAGAGUAUUGAUGAGGUCAAGCAGUGCCAUCUGUGAUAUGAGAUAUUCAGUCAUGUGAAAAAUAAAGUGCACCCUCUGUCAGUUUUAGGAUUUUAUGUUAGGACGUGCAUGCAUCAAAAUAAUCCAACCAAGCUACAUCUGAAACUACAGGUCUCAGUUAACUUGUUAAAUGUUGAAAUUAAUGAGAGAACAAUUACAAAAAGACUGGACAGGUUUGCACUCUUUGAAGAAAAGAACUUGGCAACACAGUUUAAGCUUGUAGAGCUGCUUCGGAACAAUCCGUGCUGCCAGGAGCAAAGACCAAAGAGGAGACGUAUGGGCAGUGCUCGGAUAAAACCAAACACAGGGCAUUAGUACACCUUGCACCAAAUGUCAAGCAUAAUGAUGGAGAGAUGAUGAUUCUAGCUUACUUAAGAAGCAUAGGAGCUGAGCACCUUGCACACUUCAAAUCAUCCAUUUACUCCUCUUUAUCCCAAAGUGGUCUGGGAUGGAAAGGGAGGCUAUUUGUCUGACAGCUUGACUGAAACUUGGUUACACAACUGGACAAUGUUUCCAAUCACAUCAGAAAAUUGACCGCACAAUAACUGUAAAAAAAAAAAAAAAUGUUGCAAUGGUGCAGUCAGUCCAGCCAAGUCCAGACCUCAACCUGACUCAAAUACUGCGCUGGGACCUGAAAAGGGCAAACUGAAGCCACGUUGGGCAGAAAUAUCAUUCCACAAAGAUGUGACAGCUAAAUCUUAUUCAAGUUAAUUGCAUCUCAGCUUCAUUUGAAUUUAAUUAUCAAUAAAUUGAUUACUUUUUACUAUCCCCUGAUGCCUGGAAUUAUAAAACCGAAUAUGGGUCUACCUCCUUUUCCACAUGACUGUAUUCAGGAAGUGAUUUUUCUAAAACGAUGGAUUCUGCAGAAACUGUGUGGAGUCAUAUUUAUGUUCUCAUUUGUCCCUGGAGUCCUAUUUAUACACUGCUGCACAUUAUUGAGACUUUGUCAGUGAUUUGACUGACAUGGUGCUGCAUGGCUCACAGCUGAAUGACAGCUGCAAUUAAAUAAAUAAUAAAAAUAUAAACUUCAAAAUAAACUCAAGAGUAUGAAUCCAAAACUACACAAUUUAACUUUCUGUUUAUGUGCCAAAACAAUGGGAUCUUUGUGUGUAUCUUUACCAGUCAUUACAUGAAUGUUGACAUAAAAGGGGAUACUAAAGAUGAUGUUGGCUUUAGGAAUCAGUCAUGUUAAUUACUCUUUAUGUGAAUACAGCCUAGUAUGGGAGUUGAAAGCAAAACAUACAUAGUAAAGGAGAAAUUGUGAUUUUUUUAAAGGCUCUACCCUAUUUCCAUUUGUAUUUACUGAAAAUGACUUAUAACAUGUUUUCUUUUCCUGUCGAAUCCAUAAUGGAUGAUAAUGCUAUGACUGGCACCCAUUAAACAACUGCAAUGUUAUUACACGGGUCAAUGAUGCACAGAAAAUUAAAAGUUGUUAUAUUUGCUUUUGACAUGCUCAGAUUGUUAUUAAAAAGCUUUUUUUCAGACAUGACCCAUUUUCCAUUAAUAUGGCAACAACUGAAGCUACUGUGUCGCUGUCAUGUCUGAAUGAGCAUCCUGGUGCUUUUCAGUAACGAAUGGAAAGAUAAAGCUCUCCAGGUUGGUAGCACCAAUGUUGAUACUUUACUUCUAAAAUGGUGCAAGUCUAAACUUUGCUGGGUUUGGUGUCAACACAUGCAGCUGGAGAUGUUUUUGCCUUCUCUGUCUGACACAGAUCACAUCCACGCAGCAGAGACAGCAGACACGCUUUAUAUCCUGGGACAACAAUUUUCAUGUCUUUGAGUUUAAUAAAAACAUUGCGAGUGAAAAGCCAAUCAGAGUCCCUGUUCCAAAAGCUGAAGCAUGUAAAAAGGAGGCAUCUUUAGCUGCUGUCAUCUGGCCAGUUGUUAUGGCAGUAUGACAGAAAUACUUUGACUCUACAGGAACUUUGAUAUUAUACCCACUUCUUUUAACACCCCAUGUAUGUUUGAAUAAAAGUAACAGUCAAAAUGACUGAAAAUUGUUGCAUUAAAAAAAUGACACCUUUUUUUGCAUCCCAUGACUGAAAAGAGUUGAAGAAGAAGCAUUUCAACUUUCUCUUUUUGCAUUUCUUCGCAUUUCAGUUGUGCAAAUGACUGAAAUUGUAAUCAUAUCAUUUUCAAGGGCUGACAACACAGUAAAGUGAAAAUGUUGGACCUUGGUCCCCUCAAAAAUUAGAAUGUGAAAACCUUGCAAAAUGAGGCUCAAAGAAAGUUUGAAAAGAUCCUGAUUUUCUUUUUUUCCCCACAUCGUCCCACAUUUACACUUCUUUCUCCAACUGGCCGAGACUUUCGUGAACAUCUUUAGCCUAAUAGACACUUAUAAUUACAGUGUGAGCAUGUCAAAAAAGCUGUUGAAUUGUAGAAAUAUAUUGAAAAAUGUAAUUAUAUCUAACAGUCCUGCAAGUCUCUUUAAAAUUAAUUUGAUGAGACAAAAUAGUAGUAUUUUAAAACUUAAACACCAAAACAUUGACAGUUUUUUUUCCUUUUCCUUUUUUUAUUUUUAUGAAUUUUAUCAAAUUAUUAUUAUUAGCUCCUACCACAACUGACAGGAAAUUAGAGUGACAUCUCCUGUUGUGACAAUAUCAAAGAUUAGCAUCUUUUUUUAUACUGUCUUCAUCUUUUGAAGUAAACCAUCAACUUGCAGAACUGUGAAGUGAUUACGUUGCUUAAUAAAUGCAUUAAUAAUAGAAGUUCGUAGAGUUAAAAAUAUUCCACAAACAAUAGCAACCCCAAGCAUAUUUAUUAACAUAAUUAACGUUAGCAUUUUAUCUGAUGGUUUCACACCAAGUAACAGAGUUUUUUUUCCAGAUACACAACUGUUAUUUAUUGUCUAGUAUUCUCAUACGCAAGUAAUUUGACUUCAACUUGGGACUUUUUUCAUCUAUAUCACAUGUCAGAGCUGUUCUUGUGCGGAAUGACAAAAAACAAUAAAAUGACUCCCGGAGAAGGUGUAUCGGUUCCAACAAUGACAAUUUACCUGAAAUGCUUUAUUUUUAACUUGUUCACAGGACAUAUUGAGUAAACAGAA